AUGUUGGCGGGGCCCCAUCGGCUCACCACCGCCAUCAAAUCCUUCCUGCUGGCGCGCUGGUCUGCGCACAUGGCGCAACAGGCGGAGCAGCAGCAGCAGCAGCAACAGGCGGAGCAGCAGCAGCAGCAGCAACAGGCGGAGCAGCAGCAGCAACAGCAACAGGCGGAGCAGCAGCAGCAACAGGCGGACCAGCAGCAGCAGCAGCAGCAGCGGCAGCAGCAGCAGUGCAACGCGAAGCCAAUGCACGUUCACGCCUCAGUUGUUGCGGCGAUUGAUUCCUCUCCUUCCUCGCCUUCUCCUUGCGCGGCCGUUCCGCCUUUUCCUGCACCAGAGUCAGUAGGAGAGCCAGAACAGGCUCAUUCGGGGACGGCUGUAACUGAAGGUGCGGAAGCGGCGGGUGAAGCGAGGGUGGAGAGGAAACUAGUGGACAGAGGUAAAGCGAAGGUGGUCGAGGGGGUGGGGUAUGGCGGAGGGAGCGGUGGAGGGAGCAGCAGCGGGAUAAGAGAUCCAGUGGGGACGUUGGCGGGCGCGAGGGAAGCGGAGGGGAUGGAGAUAGAGGAAGGAGAGGUGGUCAUGGGAGAGAGUGGAGCGGAGGAGGAAGAGGAGGAGGGGGAGGAGCGAGAAGAGGGGGAGGAACGAGAAGACGGGGAGGAGAGCGCGGAGUGGGCGACGGGCUGGGGAGACGGUGGGGAGCCGCGACAGCAGCAGGGGCAGCAGCAGCAGCAGGAGCAGCAGCAGGAGCAGCAGCAGCAGCAGCAGCAGCAGCAGCAGCAGCAGCAGCAUGUGCAGCGGGUGGGGAUGAGCGCGCUGGUGGAGUUAGAGGAGGACGUGCUGGUGAAGGUGCUCGAGUGCCUGCACUCUCCCGCCGACCUCUCUCGCUGCAUGGCCUCGUGCCGCCUGCUCAGACGCCUGGUGAUCGAGUCGUCUCUCUGGCACGCACUGGCGCUGCGUCUCUUCCCGCAGCUCUCUCUCUUCAUCGCCGUUCGCCCCACCGCCUGCGCGCGUCCCCUCUCCCUCCACCCCUCCCGCCACUGCUCCUCCUCGCCCCCAUGCUCCUCCUCCUCCUCUGCUGCUGCUGCCACUGCUGCUGCUGGUGAUGAUAGUGCGUCGGCCGCUGUGUGUGCUAAGGUAGUGCGAGGAAAGUGGUUGGAGGGCGAGGGAAGGGAGAGGUCGGGGGAAGCAGAGAGAGCAGAACGGAGCAAGCAGCUUCAGACGGAUCACUCUCCUUCUCACCAUUCUCCUGAUCAGCAGCAGCAGCAGCAGCAGCAGCAGCAGCAGCAGCAGCAGCAGCAGCAGCAGCAGGAGGAGGCAGUAGUAGCAAGGGAGGGGUUGCCAUGGGAAGCAGUGGCUGUGUCACGGUUCCUCUCCACCCUCUGCUGGCAUCUCGCUGCUCCUCUCGGCCUUACUGAACGCACCCUCGGGCCGGCAUUCGACUGGGUGCCGUGCAUUGGCAGUGCGGUGUGUGCGUCAAGCACGGACAAUUACCCAGAGGAGGGCAUUGAGAAGACGCUGCAGGCGGAGGCGAGGUGGCCGGAUCACGGCACGCCCUCUUACUGGUCCAGUAAGGGCCGUGCUGACCCCCUCGUGCCGGAGACUCUCACGUACCGGCUCUCUGCGCCGCUCUGCUUGGUUCGAGAAUUCCAUGUUCGUCCUUUUCAGGCCUUCUUCCAGCGCGGCUGGCCCAUCUACUCCUCGCGCUACGUGCGCCUGAGGCUGGGCUACCCACGCGCACCACCAGGGGAGCACACACCCACUCACUUGGACAAGGCAUACGCGAACCAGACCCACAGACAGACUAGGCCAGGGCAAAUGGGGGCGGUAGGGGGCAGUGAGGAGGCGGAGGACGAGUUCAGAGCAGCGGGCGGGUCGGGGGCAGCGCGAGAUGGAUUCACGUGGACCUAUGUCUCUCCUCUCUUCCCCAUGCACCAGGUGGAUUCGCUGCAGCGCUUUGUGCUGCCACAGGUGGUGCUGGCGGUGGGAGGCGUGGCGCAGGUGGAGUUCGUGGGGCGCAUGCAGACCCAGCAGUUUGACGACCUCUAUUACAUCUGCAUCUGCCAUGUGUCGAUCGUCGGCUGCCCGUUCCCACAGUACGACAUCCACGGCCAGCCCGGAAAGUUCGUCCUGACCGAGCUGCCCGGAAGAAACCAUUCUGUCCGGCGCACACAGCAAUCGCCUCCGUCUUCCCCUGCCACGGCCCAUCAUCACCCUGCUGCUGCUGCUGCUGCUGCUGCUGCUGCUGCUGCUGCUGCUGCUGCUGCUGCUGCUGCUGCUGGUGUUGCCGUCCCCCACCCUGCUGUGGUUGGCUGGCGGUUCCCCCUGCUUGGUGUGCGCGAGCAGCUGGCACUGCUGCGAAGGGGGAUACGGCCGGGAGGAGAGGAGGGUAUGUUGAGAGGGGAGCGCAGUGAUGCGGAGGAAGAAGCAGAGGCGGACACGGAAGUGGCGAGGUGGCAGGCAGCUACAGAGGGGGAGCGCGUGCAGAGGAUUCUCGCCCUGCUCACUGGCCGUGCUGCUGUUAUUGCUGCUCCUGUGGCCAAUGCUGCCGCUGGUGCUGGUGCUGGUGCUGCUGCUGGUGGUGGUGGUGUUAGUGCUGCUGCUGCUGCUGCUGCUGCUGCUGCUGCUGCUGCUGCUGCUGCUGCUGCUGCUGCUGCUGCUGCUGGUCCUGGCGAAGCAGAGGAUGAUGAUGAUGAUGAUGUGGAUGAUGUCAGCAGUAUGUUCCUGUGGAUGCAGGGGGGGUUGAUUCGGGAAGUUGGGGCAGCAGCAGGGGGAGGCUAUGGGGUGGGCGGAGCAGCAGGGUUGCACAGGACACAUGUGGGCGGUGGCGGUGGUGGCAGUAGCAGCACCGCGGCCAAUGGUGGUGGUGGUUUUGGUGGUGGUGGUAAUGGUGGUGCUAGUGGCAGUGGUGGUGGUGCUGCUGCUUCUGCUGACCGCCGCCUUGGUGGUGCAGGUGGCAGGGCUGUGACUCCAACCCCCCAUGCACCACCACCAGUGGCUCCUACCAGCGUUCAGUUGCUGCUGCAUCCCCAUCCCUCCUCGUCUGCUGCUGCUGCUGUGGUAGGGAGAGGGUUAGCAGGCAGGUAUACUGUCACUAUCACAGGCACAGGCACAGGUACAGACACUGGGACAGGGACAAACAUUGGAACAGGUGGGGACAGACUGGGGGGGAGAGAGAGUGGGGUGGGAUUUGGUGCAGAUGCAGCAGCUGAGAUGGAGGAAGGUGAGGUUCUGGAGGACACAGAGGACGAGAUGGAGGAGGAUUUUGAGGGAAGAGGGGAGGGAAUGGCGAGAGACGGAGUGAGAGAGGAGAGGCGGUUGGAGGAAGUGGAAAGGAUGGGUAGAGGGGAAGGGAUGGUUGGUGAUGAGGAACGGAGGGGGGAAGGUGGUUUGAGGUUUAACAGGAAUGGGGAGGGUGGGAUAAGUGUGAGGAGUAGUGGUAGUGAUGAGUUUAUGGAUGCAUUAGAAGACCCUUUUGACGAAUGA